UAUUUGGGUCCUGCGACUCUGGCGAUAACGUUAGAAGAAGAGGUUUGUCUGUCCUCGUUCGGCAGGUCACUGGAAAAUUUCACAUCAUAUCACCAAUAUUCACGAUGCGGCCUGCAUUUUCCACUGGGACUGAUAUGGGGGAUCAGAUCGCGAAAACCCUCCAAGAGCGGAUCAUGGUGUUUGAUGGGGGGAUGGGCACCAUGAUUCAACAGCUUCGUCUGGAGGAGGAAGACUUCAGGGGGGAGGAGUUAGCAAAUCACCCAAAGAGUUUGAAGGGGAACAAUGACCUGCUGUCCAUCACAAAGCCCCAGGCCAUCUAUCAGAUUCAUAAGGACUACUUGGAAGCUGGUGCCGACUUUGUAGAAACGAAUACAUUCAGCGGAACGAGAGUGGCACAGGCAGACUAUGGCUUGGAAGAACUGGUGUAUCGACUGAACUUGGAGUCUGCGAAGCUGGCCAGACGAGCAUGUGAUGAUGUCACAAGGGACACAGGUGUACAGAGGUAUGUAGCUGGUGCCAUGGGUCCCACAAACAGAACACUCUCCAUCUCCCCGUCGGUGGAGAGACCAGAUUUCAGGAAUGUCACCUUCAAUGAGCUUGUUGAAGCGUAUUCAGAACAAGCACGGGGGCUGCUAGACGGAGGUGCGGACUUGCUGCUGGUUGAAACUAUAUUCGACACAGCCAAUUCCAAGGCAGCAUUAUUUGGUAUUGAAGAAAUAUUUGCAAGUGGCUACAAGAGAUGUCCAAUAUUUAUAUCAGGAACUAUUGUUGACAAGAGUGGCCGGACUUUGUCUGGACAGACAACUGAGGCCUUUAUCAUCAGUGUAUCUCACUCAGAACCCAUGUGCCUUGGUCUCAACUGUGCUCUUGGUGCGGCAGAAAUGCGUCCAUUUAUUGAGUCUGUCAGCAACAACACAACAGCCUACGUCAUCUGUUACCCUAAUGCAGGUCUACCCAACACGUUCGGCGACUACGAUGAGACUCCGGAGAUGACUGGCAGCCAACUAAAGGAGUUUGCCAAGGCUGGGAUGGUGAACAUAGUGGGUGGAUGCUGUGGAACCACCCCAGCUCACAUCAAAGCGAUUGCUGAAGCUGUGAAGAAGUUUAAGCCGAGGGUCCCCCCCUCCAGUCUCCAUGAGGGGUACAUGCUGCUUUCAGGUCUUGAGCCAUCCCAUAUCGGCCCCCACACCAACUUUGUGAACAUUGGUGAGAGGUGCAAUGUCGCUGGGUCGAAGAGGUUCUGUAGGCUGAUCAAGAAUGGAAACUAUGAGGAAGCACUGAGCGUUGCCAAGCUUCAGGUGGAGAACGGCGCACAGAUACUGGACAUCAACAUGGACGAAGGGAUGCUGGAUGGGGUGGCGGCCAUGAAGAAGUUUGUCAAUCUCAUUUCAUCUGAACCUGAUAUUGCGAAGGUGCCCCUGUGUAUUGACUCGUCCAACUUUGCGGUGGUGGAGGCGGGGCUGAUGUGCACGCAGGGGAAGUGCAUCGUCAACAGCAUCAGCCUCAAGGAGGGGGUGGAGGACUUCAAGAUAAAGGCCAGGAAGGUCAAGCAGUAUGGAGCAGCAGUUGUUGUCAUGGCGUUUGAUGAAGAAGGCCAGGCUACAGACUUUCAGAGGAAGGCCGACAUCUGCGCACGCUCCUACAACAUCCUGGUGGACGAAGUGGGCUUCAACCCUAACGACAUCAUCUUUGACCCCAACAUCCUCACCAUCGCGACGGGCAUUGAAGAGCACAACGAGUACGGCAUUGACUUCAUAAAGGCCAUCCAGAUCAUCAAGAAAACCCUGCCAGGAGCUCGAGUGAGUGGGGGUGUGUCAAACUUCUCCUUCUCAUUCAGAGGCAAAGAGACGAUCCGGGAAGCUAUGCACAGUGUGUUCCUGUAUCAUGCUAUCAAGGCUGGGAUGGACAUGGGCAUCGUCAACGCCGGCUGUCUACCUGUGUAUGACGACAUCGACAAGACACUUCUGGAACUUUGUGAAAACCUUCUGUGGAACAAAGACCCAGAGGGCACAGAGAAACUUCUGGUGUUUGCUGAGUCUCUGGGUGCCGGCGCCAAGAAGAUUGUCGUGAGUGAUGAAUGGAGAAGCCUGUCUGUGGAGGAGAGACUGAAGCACUCCCUCGUCAAGGGCAUCGACAAGUACGUUGUGGAGGACACGGAGGAGGCUCGGUGCAACAAGGACCUGUAUCCCCGGCCUCUCAACGUCAUCGAGAGACCCCUGAUGAAUGGUAUGAGUGUGGUGGGGGACCUGUUUGGAGCUGGGAAAAUGUUCUUACCUCAGGUCAUCAAGUCGGCCCGAGUGAUGAAGAAAGCCGUAGCUCACUUGAUUCCUUUCAUGGAGGAGGAGAGAUUGGCAAAUCAGGAGAACUCAGGAGGGGGCGAUGAUUUAGCAAGUGCAUAUGUCGGGACGGUUGUGCUGGCCACUGUGAAGGGGGACGUGCACGACAUUGGGAAGAACAUUGUUGGCGUUGUGCUUGGCUGCAACAAUUACAAAGUGAUCGACCUGGGUGUGAUGACCCCUUGCGAGAAGAUUCUAGAGACGGCCAUUCAGGAGAAAGCAGAUAUAGUGGGGCUGUCUGGUUUGAUCACGCCAUCAUUGGAGGAAAUGAUUCAUGUUGCCAAGGAGAUGGACCGCAUUGGGAUGAAACUUCCUCUUCUGAUUGGUGGCGCUACCACAUCCAAACAACACACAGCUGUAAAGAUUGCCCCUCGCUACAAGCAGCCCACCAUCCACGUGUUGGAUGCCUCUAAGAGUGUGGUGGUGUGCUCAGCGCUGAUGGAUCAGACAGCAUUUGAAGAAUAUACUGAAGACAUCAGUGAGGAGUACGAGGAGAUCCGAACAGAGCACUAUGACUCUCUGAAGGAGAGGAGGUUCCUGAAGCUGAGCACGGCCCAGGACAAGGGCAUGAACAUGGACUGGGUGGCAGACACUAAACCAAUUCAGCCAACCUUCUUUGGAGUAAAGAAGUUUGAAGACUAUGACUUGUCCCGGUUGCUGCCCUACAUCGACUGGAAGCCCUUCUUUGAUGUCUGGCAGCUCCGAGGCAAAUACCCCAACAGAGGAUACCCCAAGAUCUUCAAUGAUAAGGAAGUUGGUGGGCAAGCCAAGGAGGUGUUCGAUGCGGCACAGACGAUGUUGGAGAAGAUUGUGAAGGAGAAGAAGCUCAAAGCCAGUGGAGUGAUUGCUUUCUACAGAGCCAACAGUGUCCGGGACGACAUUGAGGUGUAUGAUGACAAUGGAGAGAAGAUAGAGACGCUGUAUGGACUGAGACAACAGGCCGAGAAAGAGCCCCAGGCGACAGACCCUUACCUGUGUCUUUCUGACUUUGUGGCUCCCAAGACGAGCGGUGUGGAGGACUACAUCGGUCUGUUUGCUGUGUCAACAGGCUUCGGCACGACUGAGAUGUGUCAGCAGUUCACGGCGCAGUAUGAUGACUACAGCAUCAUCAUGGCAAAGGCACUUGCAGACAGACUGGCAGAGGCCUACGCGGAGGAGAUGCAUGAGCGUGUACGAAAGGAGUUCUGGGGCUACUGUACUGACGAGAGCAUGUGUGCUCAAGAUCUUCAUAAAAUCAAAUAUCAGGGUAUUCGGCCCGCUCCAGGCUACCCGAGCCAGCCUGACCACACAGAGAAGCAGACAAUGUGGCGGCUGCUGGACGCGGAUUCCGUUGGCAUCAAGCUGACCGAGUCGCUAGCCAUGGACCCGGCGGCCUCGGUUUCCGGCCUGUACUUUGCCAACCCAUGCUCCUCCUACUUCGCUGUGGGCAAGGUGGACAAAGAACAGGUGCAAGACUACGCUGAGAGGAAGAAGACGGAUGUGAGAGAGGUGGAGAGAUGGCUGGCUCCAGUGCUGGCCUAUGAACCAGAAUAAUCGGGGAUUAUACAAAUAAUUUGUAUGAUAGACCUUCAUAUGUUGUUAAAUGAAAGUGAUGAGUGUACAUCUACCAUUAGCAUCACAAGUGAACUCUGUCGACUGCAAUAUUCCAGGAGUAGUAGGGACCACACUUUUCUACAUGUCAUAUUGCCUUUGAUCACAACACACAGGGAACAUGGACAUCGUUGACUUUGAUCACAACACACAGGGAACAUGGACAUCGUUGACUUUGAUCACAACACACAGGGAACAUGGACAUCGUUGACUUUGAUCACAACACACAGGGAACAUGGACAUCGUUGACUUUGAUCACAACACACUGGGGACACAUCGUUAGAAAUUGGCACUAGUCCUGUAGUCGUUAUCAAACUGCCCAGUAGUUAAGGUAUCAUAAGGACUAGUAGACAUUUGCCAUUUUUAAUGGUUUUGCUCUAUGUUAUCAUUAUAAGGACAAGUGGACUGUUGUUAGUUUCUACGGCUGGGACAUGGGCAUGUAGUAUGUACAUUGAAAUACUAUUUUGUGCUUAUUCAAGAUUCAAAAUAGGCGUUCUGAUAAAUGGAAUUAUGGGUGCAUCUAGUAUAGCUGUAUGUGGCAGUGUGUAAGUCCAUCGAUAUGGAAAUAUCAUUUGUUGUACAGUGAUCCCUCGAUAUACCGCUGUCAUCUGGGUCCAAGAAACUGACCCCGCGUUCCAGGAAAGAGCGUUGUACAGAUAUUCAUUGCUGAGGUUCACAUUCUGUAAUGAUGGUAGUGAAUGGAACAGUGGCGCAAUUAUUUCACAGUGGCAUGGGACAUGUAAAUCUAUGUAACACUGAUCGUGGACGAUGAUUCAAAAUGCAUGAGUUAAAAAAUAAAAAUAAUUUGUGUAAAUUAA